AGUGCUUCAUUAGCAGUUCAUCAUUACUGAACUCUCCCUUCACAUGUCCCGCCUCUUCUGCCUGACGUGCCAUUCAUCCUAUCAGAGCUCAGCUGUGCCGUGACGUCACGUCCCCUUGGUCUGUUUUGGUUCCUGAAAGACGACGUCAUUAUCGGAUUUGCACGCGAGAAAUGGCGAGGUAGAACAAUCCGAAAGCGCGAGCCGCGUCUCCGGAAGCUCAGUUUCGUCUGGUUGAGGCUCGUGUGUAUAUACAUAUAUAUAUAAUUUUAAAUUAUUAUUAUUAUUUUUAUUUUAUUUUUGCGCUUCGUUCCUAUGGAAACGAACCGUCUCGAGAACGGGAUGCCGUGUCAAAAUCAGAAGCAGGUGGUGAGCAGUGAGAGGCGCGAGCUCGAGCACGCGGCCAAGCAGGUCCGGUUCGCGGAGAAGAGCAGCAGCGCGAGCGCCGGUACAGCGCGAGCACCAGGAGGAGCAGGAGGAGGAGGAGCAGGAGGAGAACCGGCGGCUGCUACCGUUAAUGAAAACACCUCCGGCAGUGAGAUAGCGAGACAGAUCGGACCUCAGCUCAAACUUCUGCCUUUAAACGACCAAAUCCGAGAGCUACAGACCAUCAUCCGGGACAAGUCCACCAGUCGAGGUGAUUUUGUGUUUUCUGCUGACAGAUUGAUAAGACUAGUGGUUGAAGAGGGACUCAAUCAGCUUCCUUAUAGCGAGUGCACUGUGAUCACGCCCACAGGUCAUAAGUAUGAGGGGGUGAAGUUUGAGAAGGGAAACUGUGGUGUGAGCAUCAUGCGCAGUGGCGAGGCGAUGGAGCAGGGUCUGAGGGACUGCUGUAGGUCAAUCCGCAUCGGGAAGAUUCUCAUCCAGAGCGAUGAGGAGACUCAGAAAGCCAAAGUUUUCUAUGCCAAGUUUCCUCCUGACAUCAGCCGCAGGAAGGUGCUGCUAAUGUACCCCAUACUGAGUACGGGUAACACGGUGAUUGAGGCGGUGAGGGUGCUAAAGGAACAUGGCCUCCAAGCCAAACACAUCUUACUGCUGAGUCUUUUCUCCACACCGCAUGGUGCGAGGUCCAUAGUAAAGGAGUUUCCUGAUAUCACAAUCCUGACGACCGAGGUUCAUGCUGUCGCUCCCACACACUUCGGCCAGAGAUACUUCGGCACAGACUGACACCGACACUGACACACACACACCCCCUCACACACACACACACACACACACACAUACACACACACACACACACACACACACACCCCCCAAAGGCUCGUCCCGCUUCCCAAGAAGUAUUGUAACAUUUCUGAUUGGCCCAUUUUCAGUGUUACUGAAACUUUUGUGCUUAGUAUUCUCACUGCGCUCACUCUCACAUCACAGACUGUACACACGAUGGACAACGUGUGGGUGGAGCACGGUGUCCAUCAGAUGCCCCGCCCACAUUUGUCAUGGACAAGCGUCUUCUUCAUACUAAGGUGGUGCUCAGAGUCCACACGUCUAUAGAUAUUUUUCAAAACAGUUUUAUUUUCUCUGCAUUUCGUUCUCCUGUCCACACCAAACCAUGAUUUAUUUCACUGACAGCAAAGCUUUUCAAAAAUUGCGGUUUUGCGUGCAUUACGAAUGUUUUGCUAGGACUCUGUUUAUCGUUCUGCACAUUAACCCCGAGUUGUUUGACCAAACAGUUUAUGACAUAAUAUCGCCACCUACUCGGCUGGUGAGCUCGUGUGUUUGUUUUUGAAAACGGUGUUUGUGUUGAAGGAAAUGGUUUUCGGAAAAACGCCAUUCACCUGGAUGGAAAUGUCGAAAAACAGCGUUCGCAUGGACACGAAUGUUUGUUUUUUUUUAAAAAAAAAACUGAUGUUCAUGUGGAUGAAAAACAGCAUCUCGUGGAUGCGAACGUUUUUUCCGAAAAUCUCAUCCAUCAUGGAGAGCGCUGUUACUUUAGACCACAUAGGCUUUAUACUGAAAAAUAAGAAAUAGAUAAUAACUGACUGUA